UUGGCUUGGCCCGGGUCAAUGGUCUUUGAUUUCUUGUUUUACAUCUAUAGCGUUAUUAUUAUCUUCUCUUUAUAAUUACUCGUUCACAAUAUUUUUUGUGUUUCUCAAAUCCCAAUAAUGCUGACUUUAGAGGAGUCUCGAGUCGACGCUCGGCGAUUCACUAGUAACUCGAAGUCUAUAGAAUUUGGACCAUGGCUGAUAUCCUACGAUAUAAGCUGUAUCUUACCCAGCGUCUGCUCUACAAAAGUUGUUUGCGAGAGGGAUGAUGAUCAGUUUUGUCAGUUUUGCGUAUACUGCAAAGAGCUGACUAUUCCACAUUUUCCUGAUAUGGUGUUUCCAAAGAAUAUUCUGUCAUUGACGCAUAAUAAUGGAGCUAAAAUCAGUUUUAACCCUCUGGAUGCUUUAAAACUAGUAGCCUGUACUACUGAAGCUAUAGAAGUGUCUUGCGCAGAAGCUUGGCAAGUUGCAAGACCAGAUGCAACAAAGAAGAAGAGAAAUUUCGACUGGACGUUCUCUACUGACUACAAGGGCACCCUCACCGACAACAUCAGCGUAGAACCCACCGACGAGAACAUCAACUAUGAGUUACUGAAACAGAAAGACCAAAUACUGUUCUACCACGACCUCACACUGUUCGAGGAUGAAUUGCACGACCAUGGCAUAUCCAAGCUAUCAGUCAAAAUUAGAGUGAUGCCAAGCUACUGGUUCGUACUACUCAGAUACUUCCUAAGAGUUGAUGACGUCAUGGUGAGAUCACACGAAACAAGGAUGUUUCACAUGUUAAACACAAACUAUGUCAUACGAGAAUACACGGCAAAGGAAUCAAAAGCUGAAGAUUUACAGAUCCCUACAUCACAGAUGAAGGAGGCGGACGAUGUUAUUCCAUUUCUUCCAGUUAAAGAGAAGACUCUUCACAAACUCAUAGUUCAUUCAGAUUCCAAUUGUAGUUAAUAACAAUAUUUUUAUAGAGUUAAACCAAGAAAAGUCUGCAGCGAUUUUGACAGCACACGCAGUGCAGGUGUUAUUUUAAUCGUCAAACUUCUAUGAAAUUAUGACAUAAUAACACUGGCACUACCUUAUAUACUUACUAGCUUUUGCCCGCGACUUCGUCUGCGUGGAAUUAGUCCUCCAGCAGCUAGAGUAAGUACAGCGCCUGGAUAAAAUCAAUGCGAGCAUAAUAUGCUUAAUUGUUUACACCAAUUAACAGGCACUUCAUUAAUUUUCUCAUUUCCACCCCCCUUUUCACCCUCUUUAGGGAUGAUUUCUGACAUAAAAACUAAUAUCCUAUGUCCUUCCCCGGGACUUAAACUAUCUCUAUGCCUAAACUAAAUCCGUGUAGCGGUUUCAGCGUGAAGAGGUAACAGACAGAGAGAUUGACAGACACACUUUCGCAUUUUAUAUUAUAAUAAUAAUAUUAUAUAUUAGUAUUAGUAUGGAUUAUAAUCUUUGACUGGCACUGCGUGUGCGUCUCUACAGACUUUUCUUUGUCUAAAUCUACAAUCUUUUUAAAUAUAAAUCUAUUA